CAACAACCUUUACACCCGAACUCUACAAAGCAACCCACCCACCACUAUGAAGCAAGACAACACUCAUCAAUCCCCAAACCCCGCCGCCGCCGAGACCGAGAAAUUGGCGGUCGGUGACCAGGACGAAGACAAGCUUCUAGCUGCUCUAGGCUAUAAUGUCCGGUCGUCGGACAUGUCUGAUGUAGCUCUGAAAAUAGAACAGCUUGAAAUGGUGAUGGGUUUAUCCGAACAUGAUGGAAUUUCUCAUCUCUCUUCCAAUACAAUCCAUUAUAAUCCCUCCGAUAUGUCUUCUUGGAUUGAAACCAUGAUUGAGGAACUCAAUAACCCUGUUCAUGCCGGAGAUGAAUCCAUUCCCGCCAUCGCCACCACUGCCGCCUUCACCGAUGACUCUGAGUACGAUCUUCGAGUAAUUCCGGGCAUUGCCGCUUUCCCUCAACUUAAUUCCACCAGCACCAGACAGCGAUAUAAGAACUCCGAUUGCGAAUCGGUUCUUGUUAAGGCACCGUCGUUCUCGGAGCCGUCGCGCUCGGUGGUUCUGGUGGAUUCUGCUGAGACCGGCGUCCAUUUGGUCCAUAGCCUCCUUGCCUGCGCCGAUGCCGUCAGUAAAAACAACCUUAACCUCGCCGAAGCUAUACUCAAACAUAUCAAAAUCCUCGUCGACGUUCAGACCGGCGCUGUAAGAAAAGUCGCCGGGUUUUUCGCCCAAGCCCUGACUUACCGGAUUUACCGAUUCUACCCAUUGAAGCCCUUCGAUUGUUCAUCUUCAUACACCGAUCAACUCCAAAUCCAUUUCUAUGAAUCUUGCCCUUAUCUGAAAUUUGCCCAUUUCACUGCCAAUCAAGCCAUUCUGGAAUCCAUCGGAUUAUCCGGUUCUGUCCACGUCAUCGAUUUCAACCUCCAGCAAGGUCUCCAAUGGCCGCCGUUGAUUCAGGCCCUCGCACUCCGUCCAGGUGGACCUCCGGCGUUUUAUCUCACUGGAAUCAGCUCCCCGCCGGGCGACGGAUUACAGAAAGCGGGUACGAAAUUGGCCAAUUUCGCGGAGAAAUUCGGCGUUAAAUUCGAAUUCCGUGGUUUCUACUGUAAAAAUUUCGGCGAUCUCGAACCGUUCAUGCUCGAUUUAGAAGCGGAAACCGUGGCUAUAAAUUCCAUUUUCGAGCUCCACCGGCUACUGGCUUAUCCAGGCGCGAUUCAAAAAGCUCUAACCACAAUCAAAGCUCUGAACCCGAAAAUCAUCACUCUGGUGGAGCAGGUCGCGAACCACAAUGGGCCAUCGUUCAUGGAACGAUUCACAGAAGCACUACACUAUUACUCGAGCUUAUUCGAUGCGCUUGAAGAAGCGUCGGCCGUUGGGUCGUUGGAUGUGGUGAGGUCGGAGGAGUAUUUAGGGAGACAAAUCUGCAACGUGGUGGGAUGUGAAGGUACCGAUCGGGUCGAGCGGCAUGAAACGGUGGCGCAGUGGCUGAGCCGAAUGCAGUCGAGUGGGUUCGAGAUGAUUCAUCUGGGUUCAAACGCGUUCAAGCAGGCGAAUACUCUGCUGUCGGCUCUGUUCCAUGGAAGAAACGGGUACAAAGUUGAAGAGAAUAACGGGAGUUUGACGUUGGGUUGGCACACUCGCCCGCUCAUCGCCACCUCUGCCUGGACUGUCCCCGUCGCCAGCGGCAGCGGCACCGGCGGGCCGAAGUGAGUCGACUCGGCCGCGUUCGGUGUCGGAAUCCCUAUAUGGAGAGUGAAAUAGAAAGUGGUGGCCUUGUGUAAUUCUUCCUUAGCCGUUUUAUUACUUUUUUUUAUGUGUUUAUUUACUGUUUUGCCCCCAUAGAUACACAGGAAAAAUAAGCUAAGGAAGCUCUCCAGCAUAUAAUAUUUACCCUUUAAAGUCUUUUUCU